UUGAUGAGGAGGACACAGAUCCCUGCCUGUUAGAACAAGGGAUGCCUUGUGUUGAUCAUCAACCACAACAACCGCGCCUUAGCGACUUUACUAGAAUUCCGUCGGUGGAUUACCCCACAAUUCAGCUUAAUUCUGGCAAGAGAAAUUUUUAUCUUCCUGGAUGCUUGCCACUCUACAACUUCUCCCUGCAAGGUAAAUGGGAAAAGGCUAAAGUGUUAUUGACGAAGCAGCCGGAAUUACUAAAAUUAGAGAUAACAACUGCCUGAGACACCGUACUACUAAUAGCUGCAAAAAAUAAACAAUGGAUGUUUGUUGAAGAACUCCUGAAGAUUAUGCCACCUGAAGCUCUUGAAUCAAAGGAUAACGUACAAGGUAACACUGCACUUCACAUCGCAGCAAGAGAAGGAAACAAGAAUGUUUCCAAGGCUAUAGUGGAUAAGAACCGUAAUGCGACACAAAUACGUGAUAAAGACCAAAAAGUACCACUUCUAACGGCUGCAUUGUUUGCUUCACCUGGACAGAAGGAUACUAUUGAGUAUCUUUGCACCGUUACUGAAAACAAGGAUCCAAGUCCAUUUGCUGGCCCUGAUGGUGCUUCUCUGAUAUGUAACAUACUUGAUGCUCAUUACUACGAUAUUGCAUUGUACCUCUUCCAACGCUAUCCCAACUUGGUGCUAGAGAAAACAAAAAACAGCAGGAUGUGGCCAUUAGAAGUGAUUUCUGAAAGGCCAUUUGCAUUUCGAAGUGAAAAUAAACUGAAGUUGAGAGAACGCUGCAUUUACUCACUUAUCCAAAUAGACACAACUAGUCUUGGUCGUUACCAUGGAAGUACUAUGGGAGAUGUGGAGAAUCCAUCAGUAUGGUCGCAGGAUGUUCAUAUGAGAUAUAGAGGAAUCAUUUCCAAGUUUUUUUCCAGAUUCAUCACACACUUUGCUCCUCAUGUUCCUAGUAUGGAAAGAAUAUACAAACUGAAGCUGAUGCAUGAACAAGCUGCUGCUUUAGUUAAAGGUCUGAUCUGUCACCUUCGUAUUACGAAGAGUACAACUGAAAUAUCAGACUUCUUUAAGAAUUCCCAAGUCUUGCAGACGGCUAUAAAGUUCGGGACAAAUGAACUUGUGGAGGAAUGCCUUACACACUUCCCUGAUUUAAAUUGGGCAAAUAUGAACAACAAAAGAUUGAUACAAAUUGCAAUUGAAGAACGAAAUGAGAAAAUUCUUAAGCUCAUAUGUAAGACUAGUAAGGAAUAUAAGAAGCAACUUUUUUCGAACAGAGAUUUAAGCGGUAACAGUAUAUUGCAUUAUGCCGCAAAAUUAGCGCCUCUGCCUCAACUUACUUCAGUAUCUGGAGCAGCUCUUCAGAUGCAGAGAGAAAUGCAGUGGUUUAAGGGGGUGCAAAAUCUUGUAGAUGAAAGAAAUAGGCAUGUCAGGAACAAAGAUGGAAAAUCAGCUCAAUUUAUAUUCACACAGGAACAUAAUGAGUUAAGGAAGGAGGGUGAGCAAUGGAUGAAGGAUACAUCUCAGUCAUGCAUGUUGGUUGCUACUCUUAUUGCAACCGUUGUGUUUGCUGCAGCAUUCACUGUACCUGGUGGAAACCUAAGCAAUGAUAAUAAUGAAUACAAAGCAGGCACGCCAAUUUUCUUAUAUGUGAAUUCAUUCAUGGUUUUUGCCGUAGCAGAUUCCUUGGCUCUGUUUUCCUCGACCACAUCAAUUCUUAUGUUCUUAGCCAUUUUAACUUCACGAUAUGCGGAAGAAGAUUUCCUCACUUCAUUGCCAAAAAAGCUUAUAAUUGGCCUUGGCACUCUUUUUUUUUCUAUAGCUACAACUAUGAUAGCGUUUGGUGCAGCACUUUUUAUUGUACUAGGGUCCAGAUUCACAUGGGUUCCUAUCCCUAUAGCUUUAUGUGCGUGUCUUCCCGUGAGCUUGUUUGCAUUAUUGCAAUUUCCGUUGUUUGUUGUAAUGGUCCGUUCUACGUAUUGUCCUAGCAUAUUUCGUUUCGAUUGACAAAGCAAUCGGUAUGUUUUAAUAUUAUUGUAGAAUGGCAUGAUAUUACAGUAAAGCGCACUCUAUGUGCAAGUAUGAUUUUCA